AUGUCUUCAAAAUUUUGGAAAGAGUUAUCCAACGAUUAUGAAAAACUUUUCGAAGCAGAAAUAGGAUAUGACGUUAUUAUUUAUGCAGGAGAAGAACCAAACGUUAAAGAAAUUCAUGCUCAUUCAAAUAUUUUAUGUAUUAGGUCAAAAUAUUUUCGUACGGCUUUUUCUAAUGAAUGGGCUGAAAAAAAUGAUGGAAAAUUUAUUUUCAGAAAACCAAAUAUUCCUUCUCACUUAUUUGACAUCAUUCUUAGAUUUAUUUACAGUGGAAAUAUUGAAUUAAAAAAUUUACAAGGAUCAGAUAUAUUGAAAUUGUUGAUAGCUGUGGAUGAAAUUAAUAUUCAACAAUUGGUUUUUUAUAUUCAAGAAUAUCUGAUUAAACAUCAAACUGAAUUUUUGCAUCAGAAUGCUAUUAGUAUUCUUGAAACUGUUUAUCAGCAUGAAACAUUUACAGAUUUAUGGAAUUAUUGUCUACAAAUAAUUUGUGAAGAACCUAAAAUUUUGUUUGACUCUGGAAAUUUUAUUAAUUUAAAAGUACAAUUAUUAGAAUUAUUAGUAAAAAGAGAUGACCUAAACAUUGAUGAAAUUGAAAUUUGGGAAGGUUUAUUGAAGUGGUGUUUAUCUCAACAAAAUAUGGAAAAUGAUCCAACAAAAUGGAGUAAAGAUGACAUUACAAAAAUUGAGAGGUCGUUACACAGGUUUAUCCCAUUAAUUAGAUUUUAUGAUAUUAAAUCUAUAGAUUUCUUCUAUAAAGUUUACAAUUAUAAGAAUAUCUUACCACAAGACUUGAUUCAUGAUCUUUUAGAAUUUCAUAUUGUUCCUAAUAUGAAACCUAAAACUAAUGUAGCGCCAUCAAGAAAACCAAAUUUAAAAUUUAAACUUAAUUCAACCUUAAUUCAAUCAAAUCAUACUCCACUUUUUGCUUCAUGGAUUGAUAGAAAGGAUUCUUCACAUUAUGAUAAUAACAAUGUACCUUAUGAUUUUAAAUUAUUAUAUCAUUCAGGUCGGGAUGGUUUUGAUGCUGCAUCAUUUCAUAAAAAUUGUGAUAAUAAGGGAGCUACUAUUUGGAUAGCAAAAAUUCAAGGCUCAUCACAAUUAGUUGGUGGAUAUAAUCCACUUGAUUGGAGUGGAAAUGAUGUUUGGAAAACUACUAGGGAUAGUUUUCUAUUUAGUUUUGCAGAUGGAAAAAAUAUUUCUACUGCAAAAUUAGGUUAUGUUAAAAAUCCAAAUAAGGCUAUUUAUUGUUCUAAUAAUCAAGGUCCACACAUGGGUGAUUUCUUCUGUAAUAACAAUAAUGAUUGGAUUAAUUAUGAUACUCAAGGUACUCACUAUCCUAAUAUAGCGAUAGGUAUUCAAAAUAAGUUUAGUUUUACAGUAGAGAAUUAUGAAGUAUUUCAAGUAAUUAAGAAGUAG